CCCUACGAAAACCACAUUCCCUCCCUGCCACUGCCCCGAAGCUGAGAAGCAGUGAGAGAGAGAGAGAGAUGUGUGGAAUCGCGUUGACUGUCUCAGGCAUUCGAAUUCACAUCUCAUCUACACCAUUCGUUUCAACAUCCUCACAUCGCCAAUCCGAAAAUUUGUUGCUCUGUUUAGAUGAACUGAAAGCAGCACUGCGGAGAAGGGGUCCUGAUAGCUUAGGUGUCAAGAAAGUUAUCCUGCAACACAACGUUUCAUGUGAAUACCAAAUUUCAUCCUUCAUACAACACCAUGAUGAUGAUACGUUAUUAUGUUCUGAAAACAAAGACGCUGACGGCGAACUUCAAUUCAUCGGCGCAACUCUGCAGCUUAGGGGAACUGUUCCGCUUGUUCAGCCCUUAGUGGAUGCUUCUCGAAACAUUCUAGUUUAUAAUGGUGAGAUUUUUGGAGGACUUGAACUUGCUAGUGAUUGCAACGAUGCCGAGUUUCUGAUGAAGACACUUGAAGGUUGUUGCUCAUGUGGUUCUUGUUUGACCGGUUACUGUGUUAAAUGUGGGAAAGGUUCUAUUACAGAUGUUCUGAGUACAAUUAAAGGACCAUGGGCUAUCGUCUAUUGGCAGGAAAGUUCAAGGACCCUUUGGUUUGGACGAGAUGCAUUUGGUAGGCGGAGCCUCCUUGUUCACUGGCCUACAGAAAACGAUUCAACAUUUGUUCUUUCUUCUGUGUCGCCAGUUUCUCCAGCUCAGCAGGCCCCUGAAAAUGAAGCUCAUAAUGGAAUUGAAUUUCGUAGUUACUGGGAAGAGCUACCAUGUGGAAUAUAUAGUAUGCACAUGGAUGCUUCAAAUUCAAACGGAUAUCUGGUCGGCGAUGUUCAGAUACAUGAAUAUACAAACUCAAUAUUAAAGGAACUUAUCAAGUGGGAGAGAUUUUCCAUUGAACCUAGCUCUGAAAACUUGCAAACAUCCAACCAUAAGUUUUCUAGGAGGCAACAAGAUGUACAUUCAGCUUCUUUAGAGACAGUUCAAUAUGAAGCAGACUCAACUCAAACUGCAAUUCCAAUGCGAGCACAUAUGUUGCUAAAUGUUUUAAAGGAAUCUGUCAUACGGCGUACAUCAUUGUAUACUAUUUAUCAGGAAGUGAUAUCUGGUAUCAGACACGAGAAAUUUGUUCCUGUUGCAAUUCUUUUCUCUGGUGGGCUGGAUUCUAUGAUACUUGCAGCAUUAUUGGAUCAAUGCCUGGACCCCAGUUAUGAAAUUGAUCUACUUAAUGUAAGCUUUGAUGGUGAAUUAGCUCCUGAUAGAAAAUCUGCCAAGGCAGGGUUGAAAGAACUGAAAAGAGUUGCACCAUCCAGAAGGUGGAGACUUGUGGAGAUUGAUGCUUACUUGUCAGACUUGGGGUUUGAAACUAGUCAUGUUAUGUCACUCAUAAAUCCUGCAAGCACCUACAUGGACCUUAAUAUUGGAAUAGCUUUAUGGCUCGCAUCUGGUGGUGAUGGAUGGGUGUUUGAUGAAGAUGAUAAUAAUGGCAUUCAUGCACGGAUUAAGUAUAAGUCCAAUGCAAGGAUUCUCCUUGUUGGUUCUGGCGCUGAUGAACAGUGUGCUGGUUAUGGGAGGCAUAGAACAAGUUUUAGACGAGGAAGUUGGCUGGGGCUACAUGAGGAAAUGAAACUCGACAUGCAAAGAAUUUGGAAAAGAAAUUUAGGGAGAGAUGAUAGAUGUAUUGCUGAUAAUGGAAAGGAGGCUAGAUUUCCAUUCUUGGAUGAAGAUGUUAUAAGGGUUUUACUCGACAUUCCAUUGUGGGAGGUUGCCAACCUUGAUCAACCUAGUGGCAUUGGUGAUAAAAAGAUUUUAAGAGAGGUUGCAGAAUUGCUUGGAUUAUAUGAAGCAGCAGUUCUUCCCAAACGCGCAAUCCAGUUUGGUUCAAGAAUUGCGAGGGAAUCAAAUCGGAAGAAUUUUGGAAGUAAUCGAGCAGCAAAUCAGGCGUCUGCAGGCAGUGUAAGGAUUUGUAGGAAAUCCAAUUUUGGUUGAUUCUUUAUUUUCUCUGGGCACUAGGGGCGCAUCUGUUUGGUAUGAACAUGAAUGUGACUAUAUCUUUGAUACAUGAAUUGGAUUGUAUCUUGGAAUAUUAUGCCUGGUGCUACUACUACUUCUGUCGGAAGGGAGUUUAUUGUUCAAGGAAAUUUAGCCCAGAGAGGUUUCGACAAUGCUAACCUUCUUAUGAAUUUAUCUCCAAAAUAAAAUACAAAUAAAAGAGUAUUUGAAAAAUUGAUAUAUUCCUAUAUGAGAAUGAGAAAGUAUCAAUUUUUUAAAUAUUUUAUUUAUUUA